AUGGAAAAGUGGAAGGGAUCAUUUGCACAAACUCAAUUAGAAAAGUUUGGUUGGGAAAAUGGUGAAGGUCUUGGUAAAAACAAAGAGGGUAAUGCCAAGCACAUCAGUGUCUCGGUAAAGAACGACAAGAAGGGUGUUGGCGUAGGCCAAGGUCAAUGGGAAUUUGCUUGGUGGGAUCAUUUGUAUAAUAAGAGUGCUAGUUCUGUGGUCGUAGAAAAAGACGAAGACAAGGGGGAGAUCAAAGUGGCUACAAAAUCCAAAGGAGAAACUCGUCGUUCAAAGACUGGCAUCAUUUCAACACAGCGUCCUACUGGCAAAAGCGUCAAGUCGACAGAGACAACUACUAAAACUACCAGCACUAGCAUGAGCUCCAUGGCGGAUUCUCGAAACAUGAUGGAUUCAGUCAAGGAUGUGCAUGUCAACAUUGCUCAGCGUUUAGCAAGUGCAUCGCUUUAUGGUUCAUUCGUAAAGAGUGCCACCGCAUCAGCUGCUCCUACACCAGGUGCCUCAGACGAAGAAGUGGAUGAUGAGUUGAAGGAUUAUUCAAUGAAGGUGACAGAUGCUGAAUUAUUUGCUGCAUGCGAGGGACGCACUGCAAGAAAGGGCGGUCGUGGACUAGUAGAUCAGACUGGUAAAUUUAAGCGUGUGAUGCAAGAUUUUGUGAGACCUGUUGACGAAGACGAUAUCGUUGCUGCUACCAAGAGUAAAAAGAGAAAGCAUUCAGACGACAAGGAGGAUAAAAAGUCAGCAAAGAAGCAAAAGAAGGCAGAAAAAGCUGCUCGAAAAGAAGCCAAAGCAGCCAGAAAACUAGAAAAAGCAGCUAAAAAGGAGGCCAAAGAGGCCAAAAAAGCAGCCAAGGCAGCAAAGAAAGAAGCUAAAGCGACCAAGAAAGCUGCCAAAGAGUCCAAGAAGAGCAAGGACUAA